CCCUCUCUCUCUCUCUCUCUCUCUCUCUCUCUCUCUCUCUCUCACAUUUAAUACUCUUGCGCAGCUUUGAUUUGAUUGAGUCGCUAGCUCGGAUACUCAUAUACCCAUUUCGCCCCUUUACCCCCGUACUCCUGGCUUCAGCCUGAAUCACCAAAAACCUCCUUCCUUCAUGGCUGAUUCCGCCAAAUACCUCCCCGUUGGUGGGGCAAUCCCUACCUCCGACUUCAAGACAUUCUUCUCUCUCCUCAAAACCAGAAAAACAGUCGCUCUUGGCUAUGCCUUUAUGCUUGCUUUUGUAGCUUUUACCGUCUUCCUCGCUUUCUCUCCUUCCCCUAAUGCUUCCUCACCCUGGUUCACCAACAUCUUCACCACUUCCUCUGUCUCUUCCCCUCCUACUUCCUCCGAUUCUCACUUCUCUUCCCUCUUCUCUUUCCUUUUCCCCCACUCUCCCUCUUCCCCUCAAACCAACGCUACUUCUAGAUCUAUUAAUUCCACUUCUCAGCUUCGCGGCACUGCAACGGAUGCAUCCAAACCAGCCUCUCUCCUCAACCAGACUCUAAGCUCGGGGAAUUCGUCCAACUCUCCGCUUCCGACAUCAAAUCACACAAUAAUUUCUAGCUCAACUCCUCCAAAGCCGAGUAAUCUGACAGCAGAUUCGCUGGGGAAGCCACCUCUUAUUCAGAGUCACGAGCAGACUUCGGAAAAGUCUGAUGCAGGUACAUCUCUCGAGGCUAAUCGAACUGCAACUGCUGCUCCUCCCUCUAAAAUCUCGGUCACUCCUCCUCCUCGAGAAGCCCCUGCUGCCACCCCCAGACAAAAUAUUAGCUCUGCAUUGAAAUCUAACUCUCCGGUCAAGACUAGUCCCCAGAAAUCGAAUAACUAUACGGCAUCCCUGGCAAAGAAGCCGGGAAAUGGGACUAGCACGAGGCAGAAGGAUGACUUGAUGGAAUCUCUGAUGAAGUGCGAUUUGUUUGAUGGAGAAUGGGUGAAGGAUGAUUCCUAUCCACUUUAUCAACCUGGUUCCUGCGAUCUAAUAGAUGAACAGUUCAAAUGCAUUCGGAAUGGCAGGCCAGAUAAAGACUUUGAGAAAUACAAGUGGAAGCCCAAGGGCUGCACCCUCCCAAGGUUGGAUGGGCAUCGGAUGCUAGAAUUGUUGAGAGGGAAGCGAUUGGUCUUCGUGGGCGAUUCUCUCAAUAGGAAUAUGUGGGAAUCUCUAAUAUGCAUACUGAGAAACUCCGUAAAAGAUAAAAGAAAAGUUUACGAAGCAAAUGGCAGAAUUCACUUCCGAGGCGAAGCCUUCUAUUCUUUCAUAUUCAAAGAUUACAAAUUCUCCGUAGAGCUCUUUGUAUCGCCAUUCUUAGUUCAGGAAUGGGAAGUGACGGACAAGAACGGAACGAAGAAGCAAACUCUUCGUCUCGAUUUAGUUACGAGGGCUUCUGAUCAAUACAAAGAUGCAGAUAUUAUCAUCUUCAACACUGGCCACUGGUGGACCCAUGAAAAAACUUCCAGGGGGAAAGAUUAUUACCAAGAAGGUAGUCACGUGUAUGAUGAAUUAAAUGUGCUGGAGGCAUUUCGAAGAGCUAUAACAACUUGGAGCAGAUGGGUUGAUGCCAACAUAAAUCCAUCCAAGUCUUUGGUCUUCUUCAGAGGCUACUCUGCUUCUCAUUUCAGUGGUGGACAAUGGAAUUCAGGAGGGCAAUGUGACAAUGAAACAGAGCCGAUUAAGAACGAAGAGUACUUGAGAGAAUAUCCACCUAAGAUGAUGGUGUUGGAAAAGGUUUUGAAGUUUAUGAAAACCCACGUGACGUACCUAAAUAUUACGAGAAUGACAGAUUUCAGGAAGGACGGCCAUCCCUCGAUGUAUAGGAAGCAAAAUCUAUCACCAGAAGACAGGAGAUCGCCGCAUAUGUUCCAAGACUGCAGCCAUUGGUGCCUUCCAGGUGUUCCUGAUACAUGGAAUGAGAUUCUUUAUGCUGAACUUCUUUUGAGACAAUAUCGAAAUCAGCAUCCGCAGCAGAACCGACCAUAGGUGAACUUUUCAUUUUCAUUUCAAUGACUUAAAGAUUAAGCCAAGGUGAAGUGAUUUUUUAAGAAAAAGAAAAAAGAAAGCUAUACGUUAUUUUUGCCCCGUCCUUAUACAUGAUGGUAAGAAACGAUCUUUACUCUUUUUUUUUUAAGUAUAUAUUAAAUUUGGAAAGCUCAAAAGAAUAUGCUAGUGGAAACAAAAUCAAAGAGAAUGGUACCUUGAAGAUUUGUAUUAUUAAUUUUUCUUUUCAUAGAAGUUCCUAUUGGUGGAGGGAAGAAUUAGGCGGGUAGUUUGUCUGUUGUUGUAAAUCCCUUGGGUUCGCUGUUUUUCUCCAAACCUGAAAGGCUAAGUCGUCUUGUAAAUCCAAUUAAUGUUGAAGCAGAUUCUUGAGAUGA